UGUCCGCCAGGGGGCAGUAGAAGCACCAGCAUUUGAGGCAGGAGGCGCUGCUUGGUUUCACCUUCAGCCCGAAAAUCAAAUCUGAUGAAACUUUAGCGACGCUUCGGAGAAUAAAACACCAUGAACGGCUCUGCGCCCGGGGCUCGGGCGGCGCUGGACAUCCAGCUGAAGCGGGGACCAGCCGGUUUGGGGUUUAAUAUCGUGGGCGGUGUUGAUCAGCAGUAUCUGAUAAAUGACACCGGCAUCUAUGUGGCCAAGAUCAAAGAGAACGGAGCGGCUGCUCUGGAUGGACGACUCCAGGAGGGAGACAAGAUCCUGGCGAUAAAUGGUCAUAAGCUGGAGAACCUGCCUCACAGCGCUGCAGUGGAACUGUUCCGGAACGCAGGCGAGGACGUCCAGCUACGAGUUCAGCCGAAAUCCCAGCUCACAGCAAACGGUCCUGCAAACCCGCGCGGCGACGGAGACUCGCCUUCAUCUGUCCUUCCUCUGAUUGCCCUUGGGUUGGCCGCAGUGAUUCUAGGGUUCAUGUACAAACGUCUCGUCGGCUCCCGGAGGCCAUUUUAACCUCUUUCCAGUCACACAUUUUAAAGACGAACCUUAUGAACUUUUUUUUUUUGCUGAGGGCCAAAAAAAUAACAGUGACAACAAAAUGGAAACGGAGCUAUAAGAGCGAGAGAGAAAGUUUCCCUGAUAGCAAAAUUAAUAUAAUUAUCACAGCAAACAGUUAGAUAUACAUUGAGUGAUAAUCAUGCAUAACCAAAAAUUCUAAGCUGUUGUGUCGUAGCUCGGCUGAGAUAGAGAUUAUUUUGAUGUGAAAGAAAGAGGAGGAUGGAGAAGCUGCUGAGACCGAAACCUGCCGAGGGACCAAACCGGCCGUUCCUCCAGUCCUGUAGGGGGCGCUGCGGGACAUUCUAAGAGCCGGUCCUUCUCCUGAGCGUAUACGUUCAGGAAACGUAAACGCGGCACGUCGUGCGCCACCAGGCGGACAAUGAGGCCAAACCUUUAACUAGCCAGUUUUGCUAAUGCACAUAAACGUAGCGUGAGUUAAUGGCCCGUUAUAAACCACAGUAAUGCUAAUAAUGCUGCGUGUCUGUCCUGCUUCUGUUCAUGCGGCGUGUUCGUGUACGUUCCUCUCACUCACUGGUUGUAGUGGAGGUGCAGGUUAAGUGUGUGUGUGAGGUACAGUACUUCAGUACUUGAGUAAAAGUACAAAUACUCUUCAUAGAUGAUGACUUGAGUAUUGAGUAUUUACGUUAAUGCAUGAGAAGUGCAGGUGUUCUGUGUAUUUUUUCCUACUUGAGUAAAAAUAGAUGUUCUGUUUCUACUUGAGUAGAAGUACAGAAGUACUCACUCGACUACUUAAGUACUUAAGUUCUACUAAGGAUUCCUGUGUGAAACGUGGCUGGUUAGCUGUUAGCUGUAUCUGCUCUCCUUUCAUAGCAGUUGUUCAAGGAAACAGUUACUUACAGUACUUCUACUUUUGGUACUUGGGUACAUUCACAAGUAAGUACCUCUGUACUUUUUGCUCAAGUACAAAUAUAGAUAAAGUACAUUAACUCACGUAGACAGAGGCAGAAUCUUGUACUUUAACUCAAGAUGAAAUACUUUUACUUAAAUAAUUUUUACCAAGCUUAUUUUUCCUUUUACUCGAGUACACCAAGUACUGCACUCCGUCCGCCGCUGCGUCUGCAGUGUAGCUGAUUAUCGGUGUUUGUCCUUGUUUAGCGGUCUCAGCAGAAAUGAAGUCACGUUUGUGCACAGUUAAGAUGUCACCCAGCUCCUCCUACAGUCAGGCGCGUAGUUUGGGGGUUCGUAUGUUCGCAUUUCUCAAUCAGACGUGUUCGUUUAUUAAAGGGGCGCCUUCAAAAGAAGGGAAAUAACGAGACACAGCAUAAAGAGGGAAGUGUUUGCACUGGUAUCCACCCCUUUCUGUAAAUGUCACUAAUGGGAACUCGACUUGAUUUUCUGACUCAAGCUGCUGUGCAGUGCUGCCCUCUGCUGUCCAGGCUGUGCAAGUGCAGCUAGUAGUGAAAGUGUUCUGAAGCGCAGUGCUCUGGUUCCUGUGUGUGAAACCCACUGUGUUCGAGUGUGUGCGUGUGCGCUUAUGUUCUGGAGGUUCAGCCGUUUGGUCAAAUGGGGGAACCUGCUUUGAAAAGCCUUAUCAGCAUGAAUGAAACGCACUUCUUCACUGUCCUGUCACUUCCCAUGUUGAAUCCACGCUGCAUCACGCUUCGAAUAAAUGAUUUGUUACAAAUGUGUGUGCUGUAAACUUCCCUCUGGUUCCUUCUGCACUAAAUGGGCUCAGUUCAGUGUUAGACAGCACUGAUUGCCAUAAAGACUGUGCAUGUUUGUGUAAAACCGUAUUGUUGACAUGCUCUCUCACUCCCACGCAAAGUAAACGCACCCUGCUCCCCCUCAAAGCUGGAAGAAAAACAUUAAGUGCAGGUUUACAUGUCUCUAAUCUUCGCUGGUGCAGGACUGAUGCACGGAUUUGAAGCAGAAUGUGUUGUGAAUGUGUGAAAGUGCACUGUGACGAUUGUAAAUAAAUGCUGAUCAUUGAGGCCUUAC